AUGGAAAACCAUCAAAAACUGCCCUCUAAACCCGCACAGAACGUCCAAGAUCCACGAAGUCAGCAUAAAGAAUAUGACAUACAAUAUUUGAAAAAUGAAGAAGACGGUAAAAAUCAAGUCGAUAGCCAUAAAAUUAUAGUCAAUAAAAAUGAAAAUGAUUCAGGAACAGCACAAAAUCAAGAAAUUCUGACGAUAAUAAAUAAUGACAAAAAUACGGAAGCAGCACUUAAACAAGAAAUUAAGUCACUUAAUGAGAAAAUUGAACUACUAAGUGAAUUACUAGCUAAAAAAGAUAGGCUAGUUCAUCAAUUGUCCAACGAAAAUCGUAGGUUCCAAGAGCACUACAAUCUAUUAGCCACCAAGGUCGUAGAAAAGGACACUAUUAUCAGCACACUGGAAAGACUACAUACACGAAUGGAAGGAUUCUUGAAAAGGCAUCCCAAUAUCUCUAAAAGAACAGCUGAAGGGGUUACUUCGUCCAGUGCAUGUAUCUCAGAACAGGACAUCAGAAACUGGUUUGUCAAUAUCUAUGACUACCUCAAGCAAACAAAUCUAGAAGAUGUGCUUAAAGAUCCUUCAAGGAUUUUUAAUGCCGACGAGUCAGGAUUUGAGAUUUGUCCUUCCACUGGGAAGGUGUUUGCAGCAAAAGGGACAAGAAAUGUGUAUUCUGUAGAACGCGGUUCUUCGAAAGAAAACAUCAGCGUGCUGUUUACUUUCUCAUCAGAUGGUACGACUUGCGUGCCAAUAGAAGUUUUCCCUUAUCAACGCAUUCGUGAAAAAAUAACUAAAGGUAUUAAUCCUAAGUUGGGCGUAGGAAGAAGCGACAAAGGAUGGAUGACAUCCGAAACAUUUUAUCAAUAUAUAGCAAAUGUUUUCUAUCCCCAUCUGAAGGAAAAUUCCAUCCAAUUGCCAGUGAUCGUCUUUCUCGACGGUCAUAAGAGUCACCUGAAUUGUCAUCUGAGCAUUCUAUGUAAUGAACUACAAAUUGAAAUCAUUUCACUGUAUCCUAAUGCUACAAGGAUUUUGCAACCCUAUGAUGUAUCCAUUUUCCGACCAAUCAAAGAAGCUUGGCGUCAGUCAGUACGAAAGUGGGAAGAACAUCCGGAGCAAAUAGUAAACAAAGUCGUUUUUGGUGGUAUUCUAGAAAAUGCUGUUAAUAAGAGCUUCAAAGCAGAAACAGUUGUAAACGGGUUUAAAGUCUGCGGUUUGUAUCCUUUCAAUCCAGAUAACGUCGAUUAUACAAAAUGUCUAGGAGUGGGGACCAUGCAGCAACCAAAUAUUGGUGUAGAAAAUCUUACUCAGCACAAGAUGACCUACGACAAGUUCGCAACAAUAGUUGGUCCCAAAAAAAUCGAAAUGUUCCAAAAUAUUGAUGGAAAAACGGCAGAAAAUGAAAUUUCCGAUGAAAAUUAG